UGUAUUUUUAAUAUAGCUAAAGAAAUUACUAUGCAUUUAUGGUUAACUCAUACUGUAGAAAUAACAGAAGAAAUGGAGGAAAGAAAAGUAGUCCGAUAAUGCUAGCGGAAUAGCAAAAUAGUCUCAUGAACUAAAAUUCAUGGCAUUAGAAAUACAGCUUUCUAACUAUUUAUAUUUAAGACAGCAUCAUCUGAAAAUUUUAGCUCUGUUAUCUGCCUGAUUUGGUUUAACAUAGCCUGUCUAUAUAUGAAUUGAAGUUUCAAUUGAUACGGACAGAUGGAGGUUCGCAAACUUAACUAUUGAUAGGCACGCGCAAAUCGACCGUCAAGAAGUGCCGGUAAAACAAACGCGAAAUAGUCGGAUACAAUCCUUAAUGCGAGUAUCACGUUGUUGAGUAUCGUCAACGCAACAGCAGUCGUUCCUUCAUAACCCUCCAGCAUAUAUUGCUGAGUGUGGAACAAUCAGUUCAAACGUUCCUUUUCAUACGUCAAUACCUGUACGAUAACAGGAAGAAUAAUUUUUGUGGCGUAACAAAGCAAAAGAAUAACAUGUCCACGGCAUUGUUGGCCGUGUUUGCCGUAAUUCUAUGUAUCCUGUUUAGGAUAUUAAACGUAAACAGUGCACCGCAAAAACCAUUGGUCAUCUGUCAAGAUCAAUCAUUCCUUACGACAAUCCUUAAAAUUGCACCUGUUAUCACAGAACCAUAUAAACCAACAAGAUUAUGGGGUUUCAGCGGCCAUGUACAAACCAUUGUUCAUAGUAUUAUUGGGCGCGUACGUUGCCCUUGGCCGAUUGGAGAACGAGUAUAUAUUGGACUUGCGGAUGAAACUACACUCACCUACGAUCUUUAUCAACCAUUGAGCAAUGAUUAUGAAGAUGAUAUAACAAUUGCCAUUUGCCCUGGGAUCUGCAAUAGUUCCGAAAGUGUUUAUAUCAGAACUUUCGUGCAUUUUGCACAGUGCCAUGGAUAUCGAUGUGCAGUACUUAAUCAUGUUGGAGUUCUUUCUAGUGUAAAAGUCACCGCUCCAAGAAUUUUUACUUAUGGACACACUGAUGAUUAUCAUAUGAUGCUACAGAGUUUGAUAGAGAAGCAUCCAAAUACAAGAAUAAUUUGUAUUGGCUUUAGCUUGGGUGGUAAUCUUGUGACUAAGUACUUAGGAGAACGAGGAUCAAAUAAAUUAUCCAAUAUAAUUGGCGGCAUAUCUAUUUGUCAAGGAUAUAAUGCUAUCGAAGGUACAAAGUUCCUACUUAAUUGGCAAAACUUUCGACGUUUCUAUCUGUAUAUAAUGACUGAAUCGGUAAAGAAUAUUAUACUUAAACAUAAAAAUAUAUUACUAUCUGAAGAAAUUAAACAAAGAUGUAAUUUAAACGAAUGGGAUAUUAUUUCUGCUGCAACUUUACCAGAACUUGAUGAAGCUUAUACUAGAAAAGUCCAUAACUUUAGAUCUGUAAAAGAAAUGUAUAAAUGGAGUAGUUCUUUGUUCUAUUUGGAUAAUAUUGCGACACCUAUGGUAUUUAUUAAUGCGUUAGAUGAUCCUAUUGUACCUGAUAAAUUGUUGGAACCUAUUAAGGAAUAUGCCAAAAAUCAUUCAAAUACAUUAUAUGUAGAACUGGCUCAUGGCGGACAUUUGGGAUUUUAUGAAGGUGGUCUUUUAUAUCCAAACCCCAUAACAUGGCUGGACCGUACAUUAGUAUCUCUCAUAGGGUCUCUCACAUUAGCACACGCAGAUAAAUCACUGAAAGCUUCUUAACGUAAUUUCAUAAUAAUCGCUAUCAUCAUUAUCUUGUGAAUAAUGCAUUUUUGGCCGUCAAUCGGCAUCAUUUAUAAUCUUGUUUAAAGAUUUUAUAUUCGAACUUGAUUCGAGCCUUAAGGAAUUAUAAUAACUGAAUAUUAAAUAUAAAAAAUCUGAUGUAUUUCAAGAUUUUUUGAAUCGCUACAAUUGCAAAUUCAAACGAGCGAUUGAGUUUAAAUGGUAUAUUAUAUUUCUUAAGACUGUUUUAAAAAUACUUUUUGAUUGGAAGGAAUUAUUAACAAAAUUUUUAAAACGAUAGCACAACAUUUUGAUGAGGAUUUAUAUUUUUUCGAUGUCCUGGUCAUUGACGCUUCAUACUCAGGGAUCUUUGAUAAGGUGGUUUGAUGAAAAGAUAUUAUCAAAAAAUCGUAUGCUAAUGAUAGUUGAUUAUAGAAUCACGUUAGAAAGAUAAAAGUUCGAUUAAUGCAAAAUAGAAAUCUCCCUUAUACUUUAAUUUAAAUUCUUAAAAGUUGUAAAAACUGACGAAUUUUUUUUUCCCUUUUUUUUUUAUUUUUUUGUAGAGCUUAAAACUAAAAAUUUUA